AGUGCCAUACACAUCUGUAAUGUAUACUAAAUAUACCAAAAUGGAACCUGUUAAAAGGGAAAGGAUGGAAGUAAUUGACACACUAAGACCAACACGUGUCAGAAAUCUAGAUAUCGUAGAUAACAGUAAAGAAACAGUUUGGGAACGAGUGCAAAGACUAGGAAGAAUGCAAGAUCCAUUUGAAAAACCAGUACCAGUGGAACCAACACAGUCAGCAAGUAAUAUGGACCUCAGCUACUUCGGAGCUGAUGUACAGUGCCUACUAGGAACAAGGCAUCACGUAGUAGAUAUGGGAUAUACCAGAAGAGGACAGUAUGCAAGCGCAUACAGAAGAUCAAAAACAGUCAAGUGGUCAACAGAGGAUACAGCAAGGUUCUACGAAGCACUAAGGAACUUUGGAUCUGACCUACUCAUGGUAAGAUCAAUGCUACCAGAAUUCACAGAUAAACAAAUAUACGACAAGUUCAAACUAGAAGAAAAAAGAGAUCCUGAACGCAUACAAAAAGCUAUCAAUACAAGAACUAAUAUACCAAUAGAUAGCUUCGAAAAACGAUAUGGAAAAAUAGACCCAAGUCGACAUUACGACCCCAAAAAGGAUCCUGUACUACUACACAAAAAGAAUCAGAAAACUAAUCAACUGGCACUCAAAGUACAAGUUGAAAACGAUCAACCAUGCGCAACCACAGAAGAUAUCGUAGCAUCAGAUGUUGAAGAAGAAGCUGAACCAGAGGUUGAGCCCGGCAACAUCAUGCAGCUAUUCAUGUAAAACAAGGCUAAUCGUUGUUUUAAUAUAAGAUAGUACCUAG